AAAAGUAAAUCCACAAAAGAAGAAGAAGAGGUCAGGAAGAGUUGUUAGUGUUGUCGCCAUGUCGAGAAGACGCUGUUUUCUGCGCUGCAAAAGCAAAACCUCUUUGUUUGGUCUUCCAAAGGCAGACGAAUUUAAGAAUCAGUGGUUACAAUUUAUUUUUAGCACUAUUCCUCAGCAGUACAACCACAACCUUUUGUUGUGUUCCCUUCAUUUCACUGAGGAAUACUUCCUGAACCGUGCAGAGUUCAAAGCCGGAUUUUCAAGUCGGUUACUCCUGAAAAAUGGCGCGGUUCCCACUUUGUUGGGACAAUCUGGCUCUUCAGGAUCACAACCUAAGUUCAUCAUGAAAGAGCAGGUGGAUGUGAUUCACACUGGAGAACAGCAGAUGCUGCAGACACCAGUAAAGAUUGAAGUGAAGCUGGUGGACUGCAUGAACCUGAUGAAGAUGAGAGGAGAAACCACAGCAGAGGAACAACAGCGUGAUGAAGAGCUGAUAGAAGUGCAAGAGGAAAGUCAAGAGCUGAUUGAAUUGGAGGAGAAACUUCAGUGUCAGAAACAUCAUGAUUUCACAACUGGAGAAGAAUCUUCGAGUUGCUCACCAAAAAAUCCACAAAGAAGAGCAACCAAAAAUUCUUUAACCUGCUCUCAGUUUGAAAAAUGUUUAACAUAUAAACACAAUCUUAAUAAGCAGACAAGUAUUCAAACAGGAGAAAAACCUUUCACAUGCCAUCAGUGUGAAAAGAGUUUCAAAAGUAAAUAUUAUCUUAGAGAACAUGAAAGAGUUCAUACUGGAGAAAUGCCUUUCACCUGCCAUCAGUGUGGAAAGGGUUUCACAAAUAAAUAUAGUCUCAGAGUACAUGAAAUUGUUCAUACUGGAGAAAUGCCUUUCACCUGUCAUCAAUGUGGAAAGGGUUUCACACAAAUAGGACAUUUUAAUGAACACAUGAGAGUUCACACAGGAGAGAAGCCUUACAUGUGCCAUCAGUGUGGAAAGAGUUUCGCAUCUGCAACUACUUUCAAGAAUCAUCUCCGCCGUCACUCUGGAGAAAGGCCAUUUGAAUGUGAUCAUUGUGGUAAAACAUUUGUUUUGAGUUCAGACCUAAACCAACAUCUGAAACGGUACACAAAUGAGAAGCCUUACAAAUGUUCUAUUUGUGGAAAGGGUUUUGCACGCCUGUGCUUUUUGAAUGCGCACCAGAAAAUACAUACCGGUGUGAGGCCUCAUAAGUGCUUUGAAUGUGGAAAGACCUUUACAGCAGUUUCCAACUUGGAAAAGCACCAAAGAAUUCAUACUGGAGAAAAACCAUACAAGUGCUCACACUGUGGAAAGAGUUUCACUGUGUCACAAAGCUUGAAAGCACAUGAGAGAAUCCAUACUGGAGAAAAACCUUACAAGUGCUCACACUGUGGAAAGAGUUUCACUAUUUUAAAAAACCUGAAAACACACAAAAGAAUCCAUACUGGAGAGAAGCCUUUCAAGUGCUCACACUGUGGAAAGAGUUACACCCGGUCACAAUAUCUGAAAGCACAUGAGAGAAACCAUACCACUGCUCUUCAUGUUUCCACAGAGCAGAUCAUGUAGUUACUCAUGAAAAGUUGUUACCCAAAGUAAUCACAGAGAGAAGUUUUGUUUAAAACUUAAUAAGACUGCUAAGAGCAAGUUUUACUAAGGAAAUCAUAAAGGGAUAGUUCACCCAAAAAUGAAAAUUCUCUAAUGAUUUACUCACUCUCCUGACAUCCCAGAUGUGAAUGACUUUCUUUCUUCUGCAGCACACAAAUUAAGAUUUUUUGAAGAAUAUACUCUAUAGGUCCAUACAAUGCAAAUGAAUGGGUGACAAAAUGUUUAAGCUCCAAAAUCCACAUAAGGGCAACAUAAAAGUACUCCAUAUGACUCCAGUGGUUAAGUCUAUAUCUUCAGAAGUGAAAUGAUAGGUAUGGGUGAGAAACAGAUCAAUAUUUGUCAUUUUUUUUAAUCAUAAAUUCUCCUCUCUGCCCAGUAGGGGGGGAUAUGCAUUAAGACUGUGAAUCACCAAAAACAUAGGUAAAAGAAUGGGAAAGUGAACCUGAAGUGGAGAUUGACUGAGCAGGGAGGAGAAUUUAUUGUAAAAAAAAAAAAAAAAAAAAAAAAACCUAUCACACACACAUCUAUCAGGUUAGGUUGAUUUAAUAGUAACAAACUACAGUUUUGUGCAUGACAUGAGUAAUUUUUCCAACAAUUGUUUACUGACCGAUUGUUUCACUUUUAAUUGACUAUAUCACAAUUCCAGUGGGUCAGAAGUUUACAUACACUAAGUUAACUGUGCCUUUAAGCAACUUCGAAAAUUCCAGAAAAUUAUGUCAUGCCUUUUGACAAUUAGCAUCUGAUUGGAGGUGUACUGAAUUGGAGGUGUACCUGUGGAUCUAUUUUAAGGCCUACCUUCAAACUCAGUGCCUCUUUGCUUGACAUCAUGGGAAAAUCAAAAGAAAUCAGCCAAGACCUCAGAAAAAACAUUGUGGACCACCACAAAUCUGCUUCAUCCUUGGGAGCCAUUUCCAAACACCUGAAGGUACCACGUUCAUCUGUACAAACAAUAGUACGCAAGUAUAAACACCAUGGGACCACGCAGCCAUCAUACCGCUCAGGAAGGAGACGCAUUCUGUCUCCUAGAGAUGAACGUAGUUUGGUGUGAAAAGUGCAAAUCAAUCCCAGAACAACAGCAAAGGACCUUGUGAAGAUGCUGGAGGAAACAGGUAGACAAGUAUCUAUAUCCACAGUAAAACGAGUCCUAUAUCGACAUAACCUGAAAGGCUGCUCAGCAAGGAAGAAGCCACUGCUCCAAAACUGCCAUAAAAAAAGCCAGACUACAGUUUGCAAGUGCACAUGGGUACAAAGAUCUUACUUUUUGCAGAAAUGUAACUUUUGCCAUAAUGACCAUUGUUAUGUUUGGAGGAAAAAGGGUGAGGCUUGCAAGCCGAAGAACACCUUCCCAACCGUGAAGCAUGGGGGUGGCAGUGUGAUGUUGUGGGGGUGCUUUGCUGCAGGAGGGACUGGUGCACUUCACAAAAUAGAUGGCAUCAUGAGGAAGGAAAAAUAUGUGGAUAUAUUGAAGCAAAAUAUCAAGACAUCAGCCAGGAAGUUAAAGCUUGGUCACAAAUGGACAAUGACCCCAAGCAUAUCUCCAAAGUUGUGGCAAAAUGGGCUAAGGACAACAAAGUCAAGGUAUUGAAGUGGCCAUCACAGAACCCCGACCUCAAUCCGAUAGAAAAUUUGUGGGCAGAACUAAAAGAAACGUGUGCGAGCAAGGAGGUCUACAAACCUGACUCAGUUACACCAGUUCUGUCUGGAGGAAUGGGCCAAAUUAAGUUGCUGGAAUUAUGAGAAGCUUGUGGAAGGCUACCCAAAACGUUUGACCCAAGUUAAACAAUUUAAAGGCAAUGCUACCAAAUACUAAUAAAGUGUAUGUAAACUUCUGACCCACUGGGAAUGUGAUGAAAGAAAUAAAAGCUGAAAUAAAUCAUUCUCUCUACUAUUAUUCUGACAUUUCACAUUCUUAAAAUAAAGUAGUGAUCCUAACUGACCUAAGACAGGGAAUGUUUUCUACGAUUAAAUGUUAGGAAUUGUGAAAAAUUGAGUUUAAAUGUAUUUGGCUAAGGUGAAUGUAAACUUCUGACUUCAACUGUAUGUCAUCGCAUAAUGACGUCACUAUACAUAAUGCUAAUAUGCCGGAGUUGUAGAAUACAUGCAUGAAUAUAUUCAAUAAAGCCAUAUGUAAGCUUA